AUGCAUUUUCGCCCCGUACACGGCAUGCUGCUGGUCGAGGAGCUGCGAACUGCGGUGAUCACCUCCAUGGACGUGAAGGGAUCAGAAUUCUGUAUCAAGAUCCCUUCCACCGGCAACUUUACCUGCAUGCAAGAUGAUCCAGAGCUUCAAGCAUUCUUCGCUCCGAUCGUGGACAACAGCACAUCAUGUUCGAUCUCAACUCCUGGCUCACAACCAAGUUGUCCACAUACACCAACUCGGCACUCAGAACAUAAGAAGAUUCAAGCAAAUUUCUUUGGUCUUCCGAGCUUGAUGCUUGAGGUACAGCAGCAACUGAACCUCAUUCAAGCACCUUGUACCACACAAGACUAUGCAAUCAAAACGCCUAUGACAACUCCUCUGUCGCCUUCGAGGACCUCAUUUCAGCACCAACGUCUGGUUCAAGCAAUAUCGAGCAUUUCUGAGUCUCAAGUGAUUUCAUGCUCCAUGGAUAGCGUCCCACUGAAAGACAAGCCUGUCUACAUGCAACAAGAAGGCCGCUUUGGGUUGCUGGACAUCAAUUCCCCCAACAUGCAAGUGGUGAUCGGAUUCAUCAUACCAGGGAGUGAUGCUUGUUCCAUCAAAACGAGGUUGGCGGACCUUCUCAACGUUGAGAAUGAGAAGUGGAGAAAUAAUGAGGGUGUCGCCUCUGAUUCCACUGACGACUCGCAAGGUUCGGACGCCUACGCAGCCGGAGCGAUGCAAACAGAUGGCAACAUUGCGAAACGCCGUAAGCGUGAGGUGAAGCACGAUCUCGGACGCAUCUUGCAGCAAGCUGGCUUUAGAACUCUUCAGAAAAAGGAGAAGACUGGGUUCAACAAUUUCGAUAGAUCAUUCCGAAACAUUGGAAGCGACUGCAAGGCGCUGGUUUUGCUGUUCGAUCCAGAGACACUGCGCAAGUACGACGCAGACGUUCUCAGCAAAGCUCGAAUGAAUUCUGAACAGAGAAGAUCACGGGGGAAAGAGAACUGCCCGACAAGGCCGAGGACGAAACUGUCAAGGAAAAAACUUGAUUUCAGUGUCAACUUCACUCUACCGUCCAACAACUUCGCAAUGCUUCCGCGAUGA